AUGGACUCGCUCAACAAUUAUAUCAGUGACUUUUUGAAACAGCAUUCUUCAUAUGAUGUAUUGCCAGUAAGCUACAGGGUAAUAGUGUUAGAUACUAGCUUACUUGUGAAGAAGGCUUUGGCUGCAUUAAUGCAGAAUGGAGUUGUAUCGGCACCACUUUGGGAUUCAAACAAUCAAAAAUUUGCCGGAAUGUUGACAGUAUCCGAUUUUAUUAACCUAAUACAUUAUUAUUAUAAGCAUUCAUCUUAUACCGUUGCGUUAGAAGAAAUUGAACAAUUUCAGAUUCAACAAUUGAGAGAAGCUCGUGUACAUCGAUUACCAUUGGUCGAUGUUGAUUCAGAGACUGGCCAAGAAAUGAUUGUAUCAGUAUUAACACAAUAUAGGAUACUUAAAUUUAUAGCAAUGAACUGCAAGGAAACGAAAGAUUUUCGAAAGCCACUUUCAGAAAUAAAGAUUGGAGUGUAUAAUGACAUUGCUACUGCAAAAAUGUCUACUCCUGUUAUUGAAGUUGUAAAUAUUUUUGCGGAGAGACGAAUCUCUUCAGUGCCCAUAAUCGAUGAUAAUGGUGUUGUGUUGAAUGUAUAUGAAACAGUUGACGUGAUGGCAUUGGUCCGUGCUGGUGCGUAUCAUGGAAUGGACCUUCCGAUUGGAGAAGCAAUACUAUGGAGAACAGAGGACUUUCCUGGAGUUCAUACUUGUACUCUUAACGAUUGUCUUCAUUCAAUAUUCGACUUAAUAAAGAAAGCUCCGAAUACGUUAAAAACAGCGCAAAAAGAAAAAGUCAGGCAAUUUAUGACCUUUACAAAUGCCAGAGAAUUCAACUGGAAUGUAGAAGUCGCAGUAGACGCUUUCUUUAACGAUCAACCUAGCUCCUGGAGAUCUUUUGGCAGCUCGCAAAAUGCUGGAAACCCAGACGUUUAUAAACUUAAUCAAAUAUUCUCAAAAUACAAAGACAAGGAGAUUAGACGUCCAUUAUUUCAUGAUACUUUUGUAAUCGGUCGAGAAAAUAAAGAGGAAGAUGCCAUUUUAGUAGAUGGAAUGUUUGAAUAUUGUAACGAUUUACACGUUGCACCUGAGGAUGUUGUUAUGCUGGUUAUUGCAUGGAAUCUUGAAGCUGAUAAAAUGUGUGAAUUUAAACGCCAAGGAUUUAUCAAUGGAUGGACAAAAUUAAGAUGCGAUUCAAUUGAGAAAAUGCGCGCUGCCAUACCUCGACUUCGCGCGUCGUUGAAUGAUGAAGCCACAUUUAAGGAGAUUUACCAAUUUACAUUUAAAUUCGGGUUAAGUGAAAACCAAAAAUCCUUGAGUCUUGACGUCGCGAUAGAAUUCUGGCGGAUGUUAUUGAAUGAACGUUGGCCACAUCUUGAAAUAUGGAUAGAGUUUGUCAAGGAGAAGCAUGGCAAAUCGAUUUCCAAGGACACAUGGAAUCUGCUGCUGGAUUUUAUCAAACAAAUCAAUGUCGAGCUUUCAAAUUACGAUGCCGAAGGCGCUUGGCCCGUCCUUAUUGAUGAGUUUGUGGAUUACUGCAGAGAAAAAUUGCAAUUGCCAGCACCGCCAGCACAACCAGCAUCUUAA